AUGCCAGAGAAAGUUUGCAUGAAUGAAGGAAAGCGAUUCACAAUACUUCACGCCGGGGGCAAAUUUGGUUUUCUCGAAGGAUGCGAUUUAUUUUUGGAUAGCAAAGUAGAUAGCAGAGAUUAUCACAAGACGAUGACUGGGGACCUGUUUAAGCAAUGGACUGAGCAACAACUAAUUCCAAAUGUCAAACAGAUGAGCGGCAAAGUGGUUGUUAUUAUGGAUAACGCGCCGUAUCAUUCAGUCCAUGCUGAACAGCUCCCCAAUUUUUCUUGGAAAAAGUCAAAAUUACAACUUUGGUUGCAUCAAAACGAAAUUCCCUUUGAUAGUAAUUUAACGAAAAAGCAAUUGUAUGAAAUAAUAAAACCUAAUAUUCUUUCCCGAAAAAAGUACUUAAUUGACGAGUUGCUAUCCAAAAAUGGCAUACAAGUAUUACGACUUCCCCCAUACCAUUGUCAGUACAACCCCAUUGAAAUGGUAUGGGGUUUUUGUAAACAAUAUGACAACAAGCAUAUUCUUGAACAGCCUUCAGGAAAAUUAAAAGUUGCUAAUUUAUGGAAAAAAGCACUGUCUAAAUAUACUCCCGAAAUGUGGCUAAAUAGUGUUAAACAUUGUGAACAAAUAAUUAACGAAGACAGGGUGCGAUUGAUGGGGAAUGAAAGCGUGCAAGAUAUACCACCGAUAAUUAUAUCACUCGCAGAUUCUGAUGAUGAAUCAAUUAUAAGCUUUAGAUCAGAAUCUACAGACGAUAUUUCCUUGGAGGAUGAGAAUCUUGAAUGUAGUGAAGAAGAAGAUGAAAGAAAAAUAGUAUGCAAGGAUGAGCAAAUGAUUUGUUUGUUAGAAACAACAGAAUCUGAAAAUCAGAGUGAUGUGGAGCUUCUUACAGUAGAAUUUGUUGAUUAA